AUGGCAAUCGUGACGGGAGAUCGAUAUUUAGAAAACCUUGAGAAGUUCCUGGAAGAGAAGGCUGGAUCGCUAAUCGAAGGAACCGAUGUUCUCAAGCUCAAUCCCGCGGGCCUUCACUAUGUUCAUCUCCGCCUCGAAUCUCUCAUUGAGCUCGAGCGAAUGCUCUCCGGAGCUCCCGUUGACUAUCUCCGCGCCUACGUCUCCGACAUCGGCGAUUACCGCGCUCUCGAGCAGCUCCGACGCAUUCUCCGCCUCCUUACCUCUCUCAAGGUCGUUUCCUCGCUUCCCUCACCGGCACGUGAUCCUACGCCUCUCUCUCUUCUUCCCUUUGCCAGGCUCAAGGUCUUGGAGCUCCGCGGUUGUGAUUUGUCCACUUCGUCUGCCAAAGGAUUGCUCGAACUUAGACACACCUUGGAGAAAUUAAUCUGCCAUAAUUCAACUGAUGCGUUGCGGCAUGUGUUUGCUAGUAGAAUCGCUGAGAUUAAGGAUUCGCCACAGUGGAAUAAGUUGGCUUUUGUUUCAUGCGCUUGUAACCGUCUUCUGCUCAUGGAUGAGUCGUUGCAACUUCUUCCAGCUGUUGAGUCGCUUGACCUGAGUCGAAACAAGUUUGCAAAGGUGGAUAAUCUUCGGAGAUGUUCCAAGUUGAAACACCUUGAUCUCGGUUUCAAUCAGCUUAGAAAAAUCUCCCACUUGAGUGAGGUAACAAGUCACCUUGUUAAGCUUGUUUUGAGGAACAAUGCGCUAACUACAUUGCGUGGGAUUGAGAACUUGAAGUCACUUGAAGGCCUUGAUGUUUCCUUCAAUAUUAUUUCCAACUUUUCAGAAUUAGAGUUCCUUGGGAGUCUUUCAUUCUUGACAGACCUGUGGUUGGAAGGAAAUCCAUUUUGUUGUGCUCGAUGGUACAGGGCACAUGUCCUCAGCUACGUUGCUCAUCCAAAUGAUUUGAAGCUAGAUGGCAAACAAAUUGGGAAUAGAGAAUUUUGGAAGAGGCAGGUUGUUGUAACUCAAAGGAAAAGUCAGCCUGCCAGCUAUGGGUUCUACUCUCCUGCUAGAAAUGAAGCUGAUGACGAAGGAAGCGGUAACAGAAAAAAGACGAAAGUCUACCGGCUCGCAUCUAUUGAUUGUGAGGAAGAGAGCACCUAUGUGAAUUCUGAUCAAGAGUCUGCUUCAUGUGAUCCUGAGACUCAAAGCAAAGAGGAGAAUAUCAAGUCUGAUCAUGAAGCUUUAAUAAGUAAAGUUGAACAGUUGAAGAAAGAACGUUCGGUUCUUUGGCUGCGAGAGUUUAAGGAGUGGAUGGAUGAUCCGUCGGAGGAUGUUGUGGAUGUCAGAAAAGACAGCUGGAGUAUUGAUUCAGAGAAAAAUUACGACACAAAAAGCCCGAAGCAUCAUGGUGAAACAUUGGGAUAUGCACCGGGGCCUUUGCCAGGUUUCCAAAUCACAGAUCUAAAUCAGAAGCAGCAAGCAUUAUUUCUUGAUGGGAAGCUAGAUGAAAAUGGAAACAUGUCAACAUCUGAGGCUACACAGGAUAUAACAGGAUCAUUUUUACCCUCGUCACCCCCUCAUUAUCAAAAGGAUGUCUUGCACAGACGUCAUAACCUGGUGGAAGAAAUUUUACAGCUAUCAGCAGACUCUUAUUCAGUUGCAUCCUCUGAUAGCAGCAGCUGCAGUGAAAAUGAAAGUUAUGAAUCUGAGCAAUCAAAUCCUGAACAUGAUGAGAUCGGGGGAUCUGCUAAAGGCACAAGCUUGCUUGAUUCUCAACCAGAGAAGAGUAGCAUCAUAAAGACUUGGAAGAUAGAUAAUUCUUUCAAAGCAAAGACCACUAAUUUUCUUUCUGGUCUACACAGUAGUGAGCUUGCUUCUGGUGUUAACCAUAUUUAUAGUUGGUUUGACAAAAGGAAAAGCAAGAGGAAGCUUAAAAAAGGAGUAGUCCCUUUGCUGGAGGAGAAGAGAUUCAUAAAUAAUGGAGAAACAUCUAAUAGAAGUGAUGCAGAUAAUAGUGAUUCUUGUGAAGAUGGGUAUGCUUCUGACCAUUUGCAAGAAGGUUCAUUGACUACGGGUUGUAAUCGUAAGAGCACUACUAGAUUUCUGGGGACUGAAAAAUCCCCUGAUGUAAUAGGUGGUCUUGUGGAGGAAUAUUUUACAACAACACUGUCAGAUUCCAGCACUGAUGAGACUUGUAGGAUGUACGUUACUUGUGAUUGUAUACUACAGCAAGAAUCCAAUUACAAGCAACGGGAAGUAGUGUUGCUGCUGAGUAGCCAAGAAAAAUUGUACGUGCUGCUCGUGGGUGUCUCGACUAAUUCACAAGAGAGCAACUUAAGUUUAUUGUGUACACAUACAAUCGAUGAUAUAAAAGAAGUCUCAGUUGGUCUAGGACUUCAGGUUGUGAGGGUACGCUUUAAGGAGGACAAAGAGUACAUUUUCAUAACGGAGAGCAUGGAAAAAACAACAGUUUUACUAAAUAUCAUUAAAGUCUUGGAUUCUCAGGCUACAGAAUCCAAAUCUUCUUUGGGAAGUUUGGAGAAUGUUCAAGUGGAAUUGUUUGAGAAAGAAAUAUGUAGAGGUUUAAAGCUGAGUAUAUUCCAGUACAGUGUUCUUCGUUUUCAGAGCAACACUCUUGGAGAAGUGACAUGGCUUCCACGGUCACUAUUUGUGGCGGGUGGACAACUUUUCAUAUGCGAUGAAGACUUCAGGAGGCUGAGCUCUUCGCCUACAGAUGCUUCUUCUGCUCCGUAUUUCUUACUUGACUCAGGCUGCUCUAUCUCCGACAUAUUUGAGAUGGUUACUGAAUCGAGAGGAAGUCCGUGCUUGUACCUGAAGAUCAAGCUGAAGAAUUCAACAUUUGAAACCAGACGACACAGGACAGUGAAUUCAGUAACAUGGGCGCUCAAGUUGUUCAGCGCAGAGUGUGUGCUCAAAUUUGUGUCUCUAGUCAAAGGACUUCACCCAGAUUCCCAAGAAUUCCCGUUGCUCGUUAGGCAUUUGGGUCAGAUAUAA